AUGGCGGGAAAGGGCAGACCCCUACGUCUCGAGACCAGAUCUAUCAGCUGUGGCACCCUCUACGCUGGACAAUCCUUUAUGGAGAGCCAAGAGGUUAAGGAGGAGCCCAAGCCAGAGCGAGAGGAUAUUGAAAAUGAUUUGCGAGCAGCCCAGGCGAUGUUGGAGAACCUGAAGAUGAGGGCUCGCAAGCUCGAGGCCAGUUCCAAGGAGCCCGGGCCCGUUGCUGGACUAGCUGCAGCGGUAGACCCUGCUCCUGCCCGUACCAGGAAUCCCUUGAGCAUGCAAGAGCAUCGCCGCCGAAACCUUCGAAAGUUGUGGAACCAUGUGCAGGACUUCAAUGAGCUUCGAGAACUUCUCCACAGUCGCUUGGUCAAGAAGGAGGUGGAAGAGCCGCUGACGCAGACGGAGUCCUUCAAUCAGCGCAUGGAAGUGGUGAUCCGCAAUGUCAAGGAAGGACGUGUGGUCAUCGACAGUGGCUAUUAUAGCGAAGCCGCGAUGAAGAGCGAACUGAAGAGGGACAAGUACCAACGCCAUAUCCUGGAAUAUUGGAUCGAUUUGCGAACCAGCGGAAGCCUAUCCCGCAGCCACAUGGAGGAGUUCUCGCAAUAUGUGGAAAUCAUCGACGACAAUGCUAGCCUCCCGGCUCCCGUUCUAGGCAACGAAGCGUUGCCAUGCUACGAGGGGGAGGAUGAUGAUGACUCCCAGGAAUCCUGUGAUGAGGAUGAUGAUGACGAUGACACGAAGGCCAGCGAGACCCCGACGAGCAAGCGCAAAAAACUCAGAAGAGCCCGAACCGCGACUCCCCGAGUCACGAAGAAGAAGCGAGAUGAUCACGACGAUGAGCUGAGGAAGAAACAUCAAGCUGGGUCUGGGAAGAAGCUAUGCGAGCACGCCGAGCAAUUGAUGAAGAUACAUGAUGAUCUGGCAGAGAUCCGGGCCGAGAAUGGCAACUCGACGCCAAGCGCAGAGCCUCCUAUCUGA